UCUCCCACCAGCACACAUCACUCUCGCCCCCUCCCUCUCCUCUCUCAUUCAUUCAUUCACUCGCGCACCGCGCACCACACGAAGCAGCCAGCAGCUGUAGCCCAUUGCCAACUGCAUUUUCCUUGCGCGCGUGUGUGUGUGUGUCUCCUCUCUCUGUCUGCAUGUGCCUCCUUGCGUUAUCAUCCUCCAUACACACGCAGCGCUUGUUGACUGCACUUCGCUAUGGCUCCCGUGGACAGCACGCGCGGCUACUGGGGACCGCCCACCGCAACUCUUGACUGGUGCGAAGAGAAUUACGUGGUCAGCGUGUACGUUGCAGAAUUCUGGAACACGGUGAGCAACGUGGUGAUGAUCGUUCCGCCGCUCUACGGGGCACUGCACACGCUGCGCUCCGGUCUCGAGAGGCGAUACAUCGCCGCCUUCCUCGGCCUGGCCGUUGUUGGCAUCGGGUCCUGGUGGUUUCACAUGACUCUCCUCUACCACAUGCAGCUGCUGGACGAGUUGCCGAUGAUCUACAGCUGCUGCGUCUUCGUCUACUGCCUCUACGAAUGCUUCAAGCCCAAGAACACGCACAACUACCCGCUGGCGGGGCUGCUGUGCGCCUACAGCCUGCUCGUCACGGCGGUCUACCUGUCGUGGAAGGAACCAGUCUUCCACCAGGUGAUGUACAGCAUCCUGGUAGCUGCGGUGGUGUUUCGAGCUGCGUAUAUCGUCACCUGGGUCUACCCGCAGCUGCGCCCGCACGCGUACACGUUCGUCGGGGUGUUCCUCGCGGGGUUCGUGCUCUGGAACGUCGACAAUAUCUUCUGCAGCACCUGGAGGGAUGUUCGGGGCAGAGUAAAAGUGCCCGUCCUGGGAGCGGUCACGCAGUUCCACGCGUGGUGGCACAUCCUGACGGGACUGGGGUCGUACCUGCACAUUCUGUUCAGCCUCCACACCAGGGCCGUUCACUUGAAGUGCAAGCCUCGGCUCAGGUUCCUUGCUGGAGUGUGGCCGGUGAUGGAGAUCGAGGCGCCAAAGCAUCUCUGAACUUCAAGGAGAGCCGGCGAUGGGGCGUGGGUACUUUGUUGGUGUAUUUUAUUUUAAAUUCUUGCGCGUUGUUUUGCGUGCGUGCGUUCGGAGCGCGUUAUACACACACAGCGUGAUCGUGCGUCAUUAAAACGGCCACUCGUCAUCGGUGUGCGUCCGAUCACGGAGCCUACACAAAAAGCAAUAAACGGGGAAUCGUGGCGGAGGACAGAAAAAAAACAACCCAACGCAACCCUUCGUGGGGUGGCACAGAACCCACCACCCCCCCCGGCCCCCGCAGGGCCAUUUCGCUUCCAGACCCGAAGUCGGCACCCGGAUGAAGGGCGCAGCGGCGACCUUCAGGAGGGGUGCCGGGCGCCGGCCGGCGGCGAGCACGUGGACAUGAAGGAAGCGAGCCGUCUCCAAACAAUACACGCUUUGCUCUAUAUUCGCUUCUUUGUACAAUCGUGUUUUGUUUUACACCGCUCAUGUUGUGGUCACUUAAAACGAGCGGAGAAGGCACAAAUUGCGAACGCGUUUGUCACUGCCGUACGGGCUGUGUAUUUUUUGUAAACGUGAAACCGAACAAAGCCAAGCUGUGGUGGUAACAAGUGCUUGUGGCAAGCACGUGCUGUAAGAGGGUUCAACUGUGAAGAUGGCACAACCAGCAAUGACGGCGGUAAUACUGAGCCGAGGCUGUAGUUUGUGAAGACACUAUGAAUUUGCACUAUUAGUCCACAUUCAUGUCCGAAAAAAAUGACGCGUAAACGAUUCACGAUCAAUGCUUCGAUUUAAAUGUUUAUUUUUCCAUCUCAUUUGCACCGCGUCACCUGUACCGUCUCAUAUUUGCAUGUGUUCUGUACUGUCUUUUUCGUCUUGUUCAUUCAGACCGGUAGCCGAUUUCAGUCCAUUCAGAGAUACACCCCAUUGGGCAGCAAAGGUGGCACAGUGGUAACCCUCGUGCCUUGCGGCAACAAGGCCCUGGGUUCGAUGCUCGACUCGGGCGCCCUUCUGUGCAGAGUUUGUAAGUUCUCCGCCUCUCUCUGCAUUGGUUUCCUCCGGGUUGUCCGCAACUUCCGUUUAUCAGUGUUGGCCAAACAUCCCCAGUGAGUCUUUGGACUCAAGUGUGGACCUCCUGGCUAAAGUGGUAGUAAUUAAUAAAACAAUUAAAAGGAAACACGUAUUUUUUUUGCAAAUGAAAAUAGGUCCAAUUCAGAAUCUUUAAUUAUCCUGGAGGAAUCCGAUGAGCUAGGAAGCUCUUUUUCACAUAUGUCCAAUUCUUACACCUGUGAAAAAGAGCUUCCUAGCUCAUCGGAUGUUCAAUUCUUACACGUGUGAAUCGAUGGAUGGACUGUGAAUAGUGCUGUGGCUCACAGCGGUUUGCACACUGCACAAUGAACCCGGCGACCUGAGUUCAAGUCCCAGCCACUACCAACAUCAGUGGCAAGUGGCAUCCGAACCGGACCUGCAUCCCCACCGGACCUGCAUCCCCCACCUGCACAGACCAGUGUGGUGAAGUAUGGUCAAACAACCGCCGUGACGGACAAGGCGUGGGGAAGCCUUCAUCUAGCAAUGUAUUGGCAGAGGGCUGUGAAUUAUGAUUUACUUAUCAUUCUGUCACCAACGUUUCAACUUUAUAUUGAUGCGAAAUACACACAUCGUGACAUGCCUAUGACAUGCUCUCCGUCCAAGGAAGCUAAAGCGGAGGAUUUGAGAGCUUCGAACGGUGGGUAGAAUAGCGCGGCUGGCUACGUACAGUGCGCGAAAGAAGUCCUAACGUACGUACACGCGUAGAAUUUCGCUUGAAUUGUGGAGCAAACGUGACCCCGUGACUUCCCGACACCAAACCACGCGCAUCACGGCCCACACACAGCCCAGUAACGCCGCCACGGUGUCGAUAAGAGACAAUUUGCCAAUUUGCACCACGCAACGACCGGGUGAGACAGUCACGCGGCAAAUGGAGAGCAAAUCGCUUCUCAACCCGCGGCCGCCGUUCGUCCGGUGGUGGGGCACGUGUGGUGACUCCACGACACAAUGUACACACGCCGUACACAACGUUCAUGUGCGUACGCAGCGGCGCCCCACAUUAACUGUCGCACACACACACACACCUGUAGGUCAGUGUGAUACACCAGUAUAAUAUGAAUGCACACUGUGCAUGGAGGUAUUAUUCACUGCUAAGCUUUAUAGACUCCGUCGGGGGUGAUGGUUGAUUAAUCCCCCCUCUCCACCCACGAGAUCCUGAAAAUUGGUAUUCCAUUGACGUUCGCCAGAGAAAAAUGUGGAUUUUUUUUAAAUAUAUGAAUGUAGGGCCCUGUUGAACAAUCUUGACAUUUCAGCACUUCACCCCCCCCCCCCCACCUUGGGAAUAUUCUCCAUCCGGCUCGGGUUAGACUGGAGCUUGAACCGCACGGUUGACAAUCGGAGGAGGUGCAUACUCGGUAAUGUAAGAAAUGAAGCGUUCGCCAAAACAAACUAAAACCUCGAGCAAUCGUCAACAGCUCCAACAACGGAAGCGGCAACUUAACGAAGCGCAAGCCGAGACGCCGACGGGCAUCUGGGGGGGACGGAGCCCCCGAAUCUCGAUGCGCCGUGGCGUCUCUCCAUCGCCACGGCGGACACGGGGAAGUUCCAGAGGCAUGAGACUCGUCAGAUACGGUCUCCACACUGCCACGCGCGGGCGUGUAUUAGGAACCUAGCUCGCACGACUGUUAAAUUAACAGGUCCCUGCAGGGUGGGCUGGUAGGAACAUUGGAAUUUUGCGCAAUUUUAUUUUUACACCCCAACAGCACGAGAUUUCACUUCGUUAAAGUAUUGAAAGGGGACGGACACAUUAAUCUAUUGCAGGCUGGUACACUCAGUUUACAACUUCGUUCCUACCAGUAUAAUUCCACACCUUUAAGGAGAGCCCCAUAUAUAAAGGGGAGCUAAAGUGAAUAUUGCAGUUCUCUGUAUAUGUAAACAGCACAGCACAUUCUAAUGGCAUGGAGAGCGUACAGGAAGAAUUGUUGCGCAUACAAAUCAAAGCGCUCCAUUGUCAGUCAUGGCAGAGUUCAUUCCAGCUUGGUGACCCGAAGCCAUUUAUAGAAGUUCCACAUUCCUAUUAUGGGGACCAGUCUAUGCACAGGAUAACUACUGUUGACUCUCCUGCAUCCCUUGAUGCAGCCUCAUGAGGUAGUGCUCAUUUUAUCAACCCCCGGAGGGAUGAUGGUAGUGAUGGUGUUGAUUUGUCCGGUCAUGUGCACACAUCAAUCAUCGAACAGAUAUUGCCAUUUGCGACAGACUGAUGAGCAUUCUAGUGAUGUUCUACAAGGCCUAGAAAUCUGACAUUUGGCACAAAUAUAGUCCAAGUCUAUGCUUAGAUCCAGGGAAAUCCAAAAAAGCUAACUUUUUGCACCCAAAAACUACAGCCCAGAAUACGAUUUUUUUCAGGGUCAGCCUAAAUUUCUACAUCGCUUUAAAGUCUAAAUAUGUUCCCCGUCAUCGGUGAACAAAGUAGUCACCCCGAGGAGUGCGAAGACAAAGCUGACCGAAAGCAGGCAUAGCUCACUACCAGUUAAUAGUAAACAGUACGUAACGUGUGUGCAUCAACUUGAUAAUACUCCACUGACGUACUUGCGGUUUGUGUAAAUGUGGAUGCAUAAACGGUUACACGCUGAGAGUACAAUAUACGUAACUCUAUAUAUGCAAAUAUAUACUGCAGAGUGUAUGCUCUAAUCAUGAUCAUGCUUUCAUCCGUGUCUUAAGGAUUUAGAGGUUUUUGCAAAAAACCUUAGCAACAAAGUGCCAUUAAAACAACUUGUGUGCUUGCAAGGCC